GCCAUAUCAUCAUUGUGAUUUGUGCCUUCGACCUCUCCAAAAAUAUAACCAUUUCUCUUUUUGGAGUCUUUUCUUUACAACAACUAUAUUCCCACUUUCUUUCCAUCAUCAUUCUUUUAUACACAAAUUCGAGAAAAAAAAAGAAGAAGAAAAUUCUAUAUACAAAGACACAAUUACAUAUGAUAUGAGCUUGUAGUAACAGAAUCUCCUAAAAUGGCGCCGGCGCCUCUCCGCAAUGAUCCUUUUCCUGAAAUUCGCCGUGCAGAUGAUGCUGGUGCUGCUUUUGUUUUAGAAUCCAAAGGGGAAUGGUGGCAUGCAGGAUUUCAUUUGACGACGGCGAUAGUAGGUCCAACGGUACUGACAUUGCCGUAUGUAUUCAGAGGGCUAGGAUGGGGAUUGGGUUUCUUGUGUUUAACUGUGAUGGGGUUGGUCACUUUUUACUCUUACUAUCUCAUGUCAUUGGUUCUUGAUCACUGUGAGAAGUCCGGUCGACGCCAUAUUCGAUUCAGAGAACUUGCCGCCGAUGUCUUAGGCUCUGGUUGGAUGUUUUAUUUUGUGGUACUCAUUCAGACAGCAGUCAACACUGGCAUUAGCAUAGGAGCAAUUCUGCUUGCCGGAGAAUGCAUUCAGGUACUUGCUUCAGGAAUGGCCAAUUUUCAUUUUCCAUUUCUUUAUUGAUGCCAAAAAAAAAACUUCUUACUUCAACAACUUUGCUUUUCCAAGAUUUACAUAUAUUUGUAUUCUGACAUAUUUCCUCUCAGUUAUAUUCCAAUUAUCUUUUGCUCCAGACUUGACUAAUAUAUACGUUUUCCAGUAUAAAUACCAAGAAUUUAGAAAUUCCAUGAAAAUCCACCAACGUAGUUGCAUAAUUGUUAUAGACAAUAUCAGAUGUAAUAGCUGAUUUCUUGGACCUAGUACAUGCUAUCAUCCUUAUAGAUCGUUAGUUUCUAAACAUUAACUGUGAUCUUAAUAAAUAUCAGAAAAGACAGUGUUUUGUCUCCUUUAACUUCUGAAAGAAAAAAAAAAGAUAGUAUCCCUAAUAGAAUUAGCUAAUGAUGAAUGAGGCAUCAGUUUUAUCGUCGGGAUCAAAAUAUCUAGGUUAUGCACAACAUUUCUUGUUGCUGUGCAUUAUAAAUCCGUUACGAUGAAUAUGAAUAUCGCCUGUCCUUUUCUGAUGCAUGUACUGUUGCGGAAGCCAAAUGUAU